AUGAACGUAUUGAUUGAUAAGAAUAUUUUCUCAUUUUACCUUUCUAAUCUUCGUCAAUCUUAUAUUAAUGAACAAUCAAACAAUGAUAAUGAAACUAAUAACUCUUUAUAUCAUCAACUCAAACAAUACUUGGAUUUAAUUAAACGAUGGAGACCCGAGCGUGUGUCACAAGGUCACUUAUUAUUUAAUGAUAAGAAUAAUAAAUUUGCUAACACAAACAAAGUCAUGUGUAUAACUGACAUUUCAUUUAUGAUUCCAAGACAAAUAAAAGAUAUACGAAAACAAUUACGACCAGAUUUUGAGCGUGCUAAACGUAUUAUUCUUCGUAUGGAUGAAUCUCUUGUUUCAUCUUAUGAUAAAAAUACAACUAAACAAUUUCAUCAUCAAGAUACAUCACAUGCUCUACGUGCCUUAUCGGAAGCAGCUAAUAAACUUAGAAAAUUUGCUUUUCGUGAAGUACUUAGUUUUGAUGGAACAUUACCAAUUAUUGGAAUAAAUUUAACUGAAGAAGAAGAAGAAGAAAAUGCUUCAAUGGAUAAACUUUUUCGUCAAACAGAAAAAAUUGAUCCAAUUACAGAUUUUCAUGUAGCACAAAAUCUUGUUGAAUUUGAACAAGCACUUGUUAAACAUCAAAUGCAUAUGUUAAAUAUGCCAACAAAUAAACCAUCAGAUAUGAUUUAUUUAAAAUUUUGUUUAAUGUUUGAAAUACAACGUGAUGAAUAUGAAAGUUGUUUACGUUUAUUAUUACAUGAUAUUAUAUUUAAAUUUCAUUUAUGUGAUUUUCGUUUACGUUGUAUAAUAUAUGUACGAAAACCAAUUGAACAUGAACUUGUUCUUGAAAAAUUCGUUCAUGAUUCACAUUUAAAAACAAAUUAUUCGGCUGAAUUUAUUUUAUGGUCAGGAGAUUGGAUUGCUAAUCAAGAAGUUGAAUUAUAUGUUGUUAUCAAAAUUGAAUCAUUAUCAAUAAAUAAAUAUAUUAGUUUAAAAUUUUCCGAUAUGGCACAUUUACAUGUUAAAAAUAUUCCACAUGGAGCAUCAAGAAUAUUUUUACGAGAACUUACACCUGUUAGUCGACCACAUAAAAUACUUUCUCGUGGUAUUAAUGUUGGUCAAGUAGAAAUUGAAGCAGCACAUUGGCUAGCUCGACAUCAAUUAUUAAUACAUAUUGUAAAAGUUAAUCAUUUACAAUCUGAACGAUUAUUACGAGCACCAGAAACCUAUAUUGAAAUUGUUUUUCAAAGUCCUUUUGAUAUAUAUGAUAUAAAACGAACAAAAGUAGCUGAUCGUUCAUUUAAUCCAGAAUUUGAUGAAGAAUUUCAUUUUCAAAUUCCUAAAAACAUAGCUGUUAGUGAUCUUACAAUUGAUUUAAUAUUUCUUGAAAAAUCUUCAUUACAUCAUCAUCCUAUUGUACUUGGUGUAUUAACAUUAUCAAAACAUACUGAUUGGUUUCCUGUAAGAAAAUUUUGGAUUGAUGUUGCAGAAAAUCCAGAUACUAGACUUAAAGAUAGAUUUUUAUUUGAAGGAAGUAUUUAUGAUUAA